CAGAUUAUUUUUUUUAAAGAACAUUGCAGAUUUUUUUUUUUUAAAGAACAUUGCAGAAUUUUGAAAAACAGUAUUUGGGUUCAACAGAAAAAGAUGGACUGCCAAUGGUCCUUGUGUGGAAUAGUGUGUUUUAUAUUGUGGAUUUUUGUUCUAUCUGAAGCCAAAUUUAUCAGAUUUAAGCCUGGAUAUGAAUAUGAAUAUAAAUUUGACUCCAUUUCACAAUUAACAGAUUUCGGCGAUUUUAACAUAAAAGCAAAGAUAAGUUACACGAAUAUAGAUGAAAAGUAUGGCUACCAGGAAAUUCUGUUAAGAAUUUAUUCUUUUAUCUUUUAUGCAAAAGAUCCAGAUUCACCUGGACAUGAUAUGGACUUGAGUAAAUGGUUCUCUUUCGAGAUAACACCUGAUGGAAGAGUUUUAAGGGUGUACCAUCCAGAAGAAAACAAUGAUUUUGUUUUGGCAGCAAAGAAAGGAUUUGCUGCUCUACUGGCAUCAAGACUUCACGAAGAAGGAGAAAUAUCUGGACAUCAAUCACAUGAUGGUUUUACUUAUCAUACAGAAGAACUUGGCCAUGAAGGACCUCAUAAUGCCACAUACACUUGUAAAGAGACAAAUACUGGACUCCAGUUCACUAAAGUACGACACGAAGCACUUGUUGAAAAUGCUGGUGGUGAUUACAAAAAGAUUAUGCAUUACCACAAAGACCUUGAGAUUAUACACAGUGUUUUAAUAGAAGAAGAUUUCAUUGCACCCUCUACAUCCUCUCCAGACUUUGAUCCACUGCAUGGAAUGAGGAAAAUUAAAGCAGUCAAUGAAUUCAGUUCCAUGGAAAUCCCUGAGAUGAGAGCUAUCAGUAAAGGACAUCUAUCGUAUCUAACAAGAAGGUUUGAGAGAGAUGCUGUCACUAAACCAAUGCUGGGAUUAGAAGAAUCAACAAUCCAUGUAACCGAGAUGGAAAAAAAAGUAGCCAUUCUUGACCGUGCUAAAGCUUGGCAGUACAUCAAAGGGAAUAUUACCUGCAUGUGGACUCAACCUGAAAAUGGUCGUACAUUAGUAGCAAAUGCAUGUUUCUUCAAGAUAGUGGAUGUACUGAAAUCAAUACCUGAAGAAGAACUUGUGAAGCUUGCUAAUUAUUACUUUGUAGAACUGAAAUCAGAUCGCUCAAGGUAUGUAGGAGCCAUGAACUACAUGUUGGAUGCCUUUGGAGUCCUUUAUACUAACUUCAGUGAGAACCUCCUGACAGAUUAUAUUCUAAAGAGUCCUCAUCCUAAGAUUACACUUAUCUUACGGCUGAUGACACAUAUUGUAGGAAAAGACAACCCACCACACGAUAAUAUGAUAGCUGCUAUGGAAGACAUUGUAUUUAACAAAGAGAACCACCCAAAAGAGAUGUACAGAGAGAAUCUCCUUGAAAGGGUCUUACUCUGUCUGGGCUCAGUGUCACAUAAGUUAUCAAAAGUGGGUCGGCUAGCAGAGGCUAUCAGUAUAACUGAACGAGUUCAUCAAUGGCUAGGAAUUCAUGAUCCAUUUGUGUACAGAAAGAAAAGAGCAAUUCAGAGCGAACAGGAACAAAUAGACUAUGACCAUUGGAGAGUGAUACUGUUAGAAACACUAGGAAAUGCCAGAAUGGACUUCUCUUAUGAAUAUAUUGUAUCACACAUCAACUCAACUAACUCUCCUUGGAUCAAACGAGCUGGAGUUCAUGCUCUAAGGAAAUAUGAACAUGAAAUGGCUGCUAAUGAGAUGUAUAAAGCUGCCAUGUAUGACGAGAAUGAUGAGGUCCGUUACGAGGCUUUAUUACAGUAUCAGGCUCAUCCUUUAUCAAGGAUUAUCACACCUCUAAAAGCGUAAGUUUAAGAAAUGAUGAGAAUGAUGAGGUCUGUUAUGAGGCUUUAUUACAGUAUCAGGCUCAUCCCCUAGCAAGGAUUAUCACACCUCUAAAAGCGUAAGUUUAAGAAAUGAUGAGAAUGAUGAGGUCCAUUACGAGGCUUUAUUACAGUAUCAGGCUCAUCCCCUAGCAAGGA